CAGAAAAUUACGCAAAGCGACGAUCUUACCCGUCCAAUAAAUGUCGGUCUACGAAAAGAUGAUGACAAUGAAGGUAAAGUCUCUUCUCUUCUCAGAUUUUUCACUUAAACAAAUCAAAGCAGUGAGUUUUGCCUGGCUUUAAGAUAUGAAGCAAAAGAAAUGAAGGUUUCCCUGUCCUGCAAUGCGAUUUCUUUUCGUUUUUUAACCUUAGCCAUAAAGCCAAAUGAAAGUGAAUUCCAGUUUUUGAAAAUGAACCUAGCGAAAUUUGCAGCCCUCUGAGUGAAAAAGUGCAUAAAGGUAGGUUUUUUUGCACUCGAUUAGCUUGAAAAUCACACAAGAAAGGAAAAAGAAAGGAAAAAUAGAAAGUAGUGAAGACGAAGAAAGCAGGAGAAGAUAAUAAAUUUAUGGGUAAAUUCUUAGUUUUUAUAUUGGCUACUUUUUUUGGCCCCAAAAAACUGCCUGACAGAAGAGGUUUAUUUAGCGGUAAUCUUCUCUAAAAUCCCGCUAGAUAUAGAAAUGUCAAAACCUCUUGCGUCAUUUUAUCACUAUUAUCAUUUUACAUUCUAGGCCAGCUUCUGUGUGAGGACUUCAAGAUCCAGGUGCUUCCUGCAGCCUUCUAUCUGAAUGAAAAUGUUAAUUUCAAACAGUCUGCGGCUUCAGGAAAAAUGAGCACUCAAGGUUGUUGUUGCUGA